GGACAGGGAUAUGGGAUGAUUUCCAAAUCUUCAAAAUAAGCAAGCAAGGGAUUCUCACAAUGGGCACAGUGUCCUGAGUGCAGAAGGGAAGUGUGCUGAUGGAGGAAGUCGCCAAGGACUCGGGAAGGAAAAUCACGGAGGUCCCUGGGUGGACUGCAGCAGACUGAAUUCAGUGCUCCGAUUGCCAUGCAACCAGGCCAUUACUCUUAAAUUCCUCUUGCCUCAUUUCCCUUUUCCUUCUGAGAAGAUAUGAUAGUAAGUGGUGGAAGGUUUUUUUCCAAACUAUGAUUCAAGAAGAAGUUUAGCCACGGAACAGGUGAGUGCUACUGCCUUAGAGAAGAACUUGUAGAGACAUGUCCCAAAUAGAUCCACCCCAGAUUUUUCAAAGGAGGCAACUCCUUCAUCAUGUAUUGUAAGGCCUUCCCAGUUCAGGAAGAAGCCAUCUGCUCCACAUUGAUCACCUGACUCAAGGUACCCAGCAGGCUCCCUGUGAGUAUACGAGAGGCUUCACUACAACAUGACCCACAGGGGUAACACAGGACCUGUCCACAGGCUAAAACUUGUGACUCUUCUGUUUGCUCUAAGUCCAGAACUUCUUUUCCUGGGAGCAGGAAUGAAGCUUCAAGACAAUGGGUACGACGGAUUGCUUGUUGCAAUUAACCCUCAGGUACCCGAGAAUCUGAACCUGAUUACAAACAUUAAGGAGAUGAUAACUGAAGCUUCCUUUUACCUGUUCAAUGCUACCAAGAGAAGAGUGUUUUUCAGAAAUAUACAGAUUUUAAUACCUGCCACUUGGACAGCUCAUAAUUAUAGCAAAGUAAAACAAGAAUCCUAUGAAAAGGCAAAUGUCAUAGUGACUGAGCAGAAUGGGGUACACGGGGAUGAUCCAUAUACGCUACAACACAGAGGGUGUGGAAAAGAGGGGAAAUACAUCCAUUUCACCUCUAACUUCCUGCUAAAUGAUAAGUUAGCAGCAGGAUACGGCUCAAGAGGCAGGGUGUUCGUCCACGAAUGGGCCCAUCUCCGCUGGGGUGUGUUUGAUGAAUAUAACAACGACAAGCCAUUCUACAUGAACGGGCGGAAUGAAAUUCAAGUCACAAGGUGUUCAUCUGACAUCACUGGAGUUUUUGUGUGUGAAAAGGGCCUUUGUCCCCAGGAAGGCUGUAUUAUUAGCAAGCUUUUCAGAGAAGGAUGCACAUUCCUCUACAACAGCACCCAGAAUGCAACUGGAUCAAUAAUGUUCAUGCAAAGUUUAUCUUCAGUGGUUGAAUUCUGUAAUGCAAGCACCCACAACCGUGAAGCCCCAAACCUACAGAACCAAGUGUGCAGCCUCAGAAGUACCUGGGACGUAAUCACAGGCUCCUCUGACCUUAAUCACAGCCUCCCCAUGCAUGGGGCUGAGUUUCCGCCUCCUCCCACAUUUACCGUCAUGCAAGCUGGGGACAAAGUCAUCUGCUUAGUGGUGGACGUGUCCAGGAAGAUGGCAGAGGCAGACAGACUCCUUCGACUACAGCAAGCAGCUGAAUUGUACUUAAUGCAGGUUGUUGAAACUCAGACUUUUGUGGGCAUUGUCACGUUUGAUAGCAAAGGAGAAAUCAGAGCCCAGCUACAACAAAUUAACAGUGACAAUGACCGGAGGCUGCUGGUUUCCUCUCUGCCUACUACCGUGUCCACGGAAGAAGAAGCAAAUGCCUGUGCGGGGCUCAAAAGGGGCUUCGAGGUCAUUGAGAAGAGGAAUGGAAGAGCCGAUGGCUCUGUCAUGGUAUUGGUGACCAGUGGGGCAGAUGAACACAUAAACAACUGCCUGCUCACCACCAUGACCAGCGGAUCCACCAUUCACUCCAUUGCCCUGGGUGCCUCUGCAGUCAGAAAACUGGAGGAGUUAUCACAUCUUACAGGAGGUUUAAAGUUCUUCAUUCCAGAUGAAUCUAAUCCCAACAGAAUGACUGAAGCUUUCAGUAGGAUCUCUUCUGGAACGGGGGACAUUUUCCAGCAAAGCUUACAGCUUGAAAGCGUGUGUGAAACUGUGCAACCCCAGCACCAACUGGAGAACUCUGUGACAGUGGAUAGUGCUGUGGGUAACGACACAAUUUUUGGAGUCAUGUGGCAGACCAGUGGUCCUCCUGAGAUUGUAUUAUUGGAUCCUAGUGGAAGAAAAUACAACACUAGUGACUUUGUAAUCAAUCUGGCCUUUCAGACAGCGAUCCUUCAGUUUCCAGGAACUGCGAAGCCUGGGCACUGGACUUACAUACUGAACAACACACACCAUUCUCCUCAAGCCCUGAAGGUGACAGUGGCCUCCCGUGCCUCCAGCUUGGCCAUAUCCCCAGCCACUGUGGAGGCCUUUGUGGACAGAGACAGCACCUAUUUUCCUCAGCCAGUGAUGAUUUAUGCAAAUGUGAGGAAGGGUCUGUAUCCUAUUCUAAAUGCCACCGUGGUGGCAACAGUCAAGCCAGAGGCCGGAGAUCCCAUUGCACUGCAACUUUUGGAUAACGGAGCAGGUGCUGACGUUAUAAAAAAGGAUGGAAUUUACUCCAGGUAUUUUUUCUCCUUUGCUGUAAGUGGUAGAUAUAGCUUGACAGUGCAUGUCCAUCACUCUCCCAGCAUAAGCACCCUAGACCACUCUGUUCCAGGAAGCCAUGCUAUGUAUGUGCCAGGUUAUAUAGCAAACGAUAAUAUUCAAAUGAAUGCUCCAAAAAAAACUGGCCACAGAGGUGUGGAGGAGCAGUGGGGCUUCAGUAGAGUAAGUUCUGGGGGCUCCUUCUCAGUGCUGGGAGUUCCAGCUGGCCCCCAUCCUGAUAUGUUUCCACCAUGCAAAAUUACUGACCUGGAAGCUGUAAACGUGGAAGACAAUGUGGUCCUCUCUUGGACAGCACCUGGAGAAGAUUUCGAUCAGGGCCAGGCUACACGCUAUGAAAUAAGAAUGAGUAAGAGUCUACGGAGCAUUCGAGAUGACUUCAACAAUGCCAUUUUAGUGAACACUUCAGAGCUAAAUCCUCAGCAAGCUGGCACAAGGGAGAUAUUUACUUUCUCACCCAAGCUUGUCACCAGUGAACUUGAACAUGAACCUGAUGGAGAAAUGCGAGAAAACCACGUAGUAGCAGGAUGCGUGUUUAUAACUGACAACCAAGCUGCUGCAUAGCUGAGGUCUCCACUGCAGGCUCUUCAUGUCUUCUCCUUUGGUUAACUACAUUAUGGCUCUCAUUACACCACCAGUGCUUGGACAGGCCCUUUCUCACUGUGAGAGGAGACCUUAGAGUGUGGCCAUUGUCCUUACCCCUGGAUACUGAUCUGUGACAGAGGUCGCCAAAGUUUAUUGUUUAUAAGAUUUUAGUCCCAUUGAAGCUGCUUUGAAGUUAUUGCCUGGGAAAUAAUUGAAUAAAAAUGAUUACAGCUCUCAUGAAGCUUUAAGUAAAGAAUAAAAACAUUAUUCUGAAAUAAUUUUAAUAUGUACACCAUACAGUUUUACUCUAUUUGAAAGAAGAGGUUAUGGAAAGAGAGACAUUUAGAAGCGACUAGCAAAUUCUGUUCUCUAGUUAAAUAAGAAUCUGCAAUCCUUUCUUUAUCAAGGGCAGAGAAAGGAGAUGGCAGUGAUGACAGAAUAAAAACCAUCAAAAGUUACUUACUCUUUUUAAAGAUGUUAUUAAAUAGUAAUAUUUCAUUUCUGAAUUCAAGAUCUUACAACUUUAUUGAAUACAUAUAAUAAUAAUAAUGAUGAUGAUGAUGAUAAAGGUGGGUGUUUUUAACCAGAAUCAAUUAGGAAUGAUUUUAUCAUAUUUGGGGACAUGUUGUUGGGGAAAUGUGGGGACAUGGGAAAAGAAGAAAAGAGAGGACGUGAAGCCAGGAGAGAGAGAUUCCGCAGAGUGGAACAAAAACAGCCAGGGAUUCUCUCUGCCCCAGCUGCCUUCCCAGAAUUCCUGUUACUGUCCAUGUCCACCAGUUCCGUCUAAGUUUCCAGUCCCUAAAUCUCCACAGGCUGGGGGCUGGAGGCCUCUUCAGCCCAGGUUCCAGUGUGGAGCUGAGUCCUUCCGCCCUGCAUUGCCACUACAUCCAAAAGCCAGCAUUUGCUUCUCCGUGGCUUCAAAUUGGGCUGGUAAAAUACAGAGAUGGGGCUGGGAGUAAGGGGUUCAAUUUCUCAGAUGUUUUCCUUAUUCUACAGACAGAAAGACAGAAUCAGGGUGGAUCAAGGCCCUGUGCUGGAGAAUAGCAGAGCUGUGUAAAUGUGGAGUCAAGUUAUCAGUUACCCCUUUACUCUCUGCCUACUGAAAAGGGCGUGAGAGCUGCCAGGGGUGACUUCACUCUUCUGUGAUCCAUUAGCAGGAGAGAGCCACUUGUGGGGUUUGAUGCGUAAGUGAACCCCAACAUUAAAGAGGCUGUGGCAAAAGGAUAGAAAAUUGAAGCCAGGCUGCACCGUACAGCAAGACUGUCUCAAAAAAAUAAAGCCCAAGGAAACAAAAGGAACGAAAGACUAAAGGACUUGCUUUAUCUCUGUUUUUCCCCCAUUUUGUGACAACAGUCAGUACAUCUGACAGGUUUGGAAAUUAGCAAAGGGGCAGAGACAAAAGUGAAGGACACCGAAAACAUAAAGUUCACACACACGCUGGGCAGAGUGGUCUCAUGAAGUGGGGAGAGGAAAUGGUACUGAGGAUCAGGAGGGAAAAGUGGAGGCAACAGGACAGAUGCAGUAGAUAGAGGAAAAUACUGAAUUAGAGAUCCCAGCCACCCAUAGAGCAGACCUACGGUAAA